GGUUUAAGAAAAGAAAAAAAAUAAAAGCUUGAAGAAAACAGCAGCAGUUUACAAAGAUAGGGUUUAUAAUAUCAGACACUUCUUCUCCUACAAUAUCAAAACCCCUCAUUUUGAUUCAGAACCUCAGCUUCGAUUCGGAAAAGAAAGCCUCCUCCUUUUUGAGUCCCAACCCAAAGCAAGGCAAAAGGGAAGAAACCCAGAACUUGUUUUUGUAUGAAAGUGAAGGAACAAUGGCGACGGAUCUCAGUGAUUUCAUUGUCAUCAAGGAAGGAGAGGCUGAGAUUCUCAUGCAUACGAAAAACCAAGUCUUUUACAACAAGACCCAGGUUAACAAUAGAGACAUCUCGAUUGCUGUUAUGAGGGCAUUUGUAGCCAAACGCCAAGAGGAGCAUGAAGCGAGAUUGUCCAAGAAGAAGAAGAUAGUGCCGACGGAUUCUGAGAAAGAUGUUUCAGAAUCUGUUGAAGAAGAAGUGUCUAAUGAGCCCGCUGUUAAUGGAUUGUCCAAGAAAAAGAAGAUAGUGCCGACAGAUUCUGAGAAAGAUGUGUCAGAAUCUGUUGUAGAAGAAGUGUCUGAUGAGCCUGCUGUUAAUGGAAAUGCCAAUGGAGAUUGUGAAAUGUCAGAAGUUAUAUCUCAAGAUGAACCAUGUAGCAUUCCAGAAGAACCAAGCAAGACCACAGAGGGCAAAGGACGAGGGGAAUUGAAGCCACCAAGAGUUCUUGAGGCCUUGUCAGCUUCUGGCUUAAGAGCUCUUCGGUACGCUCGUGAAGUAGAAGGGAUUGGUCAAGUUGUGGCCCUAGACAAUGAUAAAGUAUCAGUUGAAGCUUGUAGGAGAAACAUCAAGUUCAAUGGUUCAGUUGCGUGUUCAAAGGUGGAAUCACAUCUUGUUGAUGCUCGUGUGCAUAUGCUCACCCACCCAAAAGAAUAUGACGUGGUUGAUCUUGACCCUUAUGGAUCUCCCUCCGUCUUCUUGGAUUCUGCUAUUCAAGCUGUUGCUGAUGGAGGUAUGCUCAUGUGUACCGCAACGGAUAUGGCAGUGCUAUGUGGUGGUAAUGGGGAGGUUUGCUAUUCAAAAUACGGUUCCUAUCCAUUGAAAGGGAAAUAUUGCCACGAAAUGGCUCUGAGGAUACUCCUAGCCUGCAUUGAGAGUCAUGCAAAUCGGUACAAGAGAUACAUUGUUCCUGUGCUGUCCGUUCAGAUGGACUUUUAUGUUCGUGUUUUCGUCCGAGUCUACUCCUCUGCAGGUGCUAUGAAGAAUACUCCGCUUAAGCUUUCCUAUGUUUAUCAGUGCACUGGAUGUGAUUCUUUUCACCUGCAGCCUAUUGGAAGGACUGUCACUAAGAACACCAGCGUGAGAUAUCUUCCGGGUUUUGGUCCCAUUGUUCCUCAAAAUUGCACUGAUUGUGGGAAGAAAUUCAAUAUGGGUGGGCCUAUAUGGUCUGCUCCUAUCCAUGAUCAAGAAUGGGUUACUUCCAUACUAUCAGAUGUGAAAUCAAUGAAGAAUCGUUAUCCCGCUUACGGUCGCAUCUCUGCUGUACUGACAACAAUUUCAGAGGAAUUGCCAGAUGUUCCUCUGUUCCUGAGUCUGCACAGCCUCUGUUCCACCCUCAAGUGCACUUCCCCAUCUGCAGUUAUUUUCCGUUCUGCUGUUAUCAAUGCAGGAUAUCGUAUAUCUGGAACUCAUGUAAACCCUUUGGGCUUAAAGUCAGAUGCUCCUAUGGAUGUCAUUUGGGACAUAAUGCGCUGCUGGGUGAAGAAUCAUCCCGUGAAACCUCAAUCUUCAGAACAUUCAGGAAGCGUGAUACUUGCUAAGGAACCUGUUCUUCAAGCAAAUUUUGCUCGAGCUGUUGCGUCUCUUAGCAAGGCACAGAUCAAGAAGGUUGCUCGGUUCCUUCCAAACCCGGAAAGGCAUUGGGGUCCAAAACUUAGGGCAGGUCGUCAAAUCACCAGCAAGCACAUUUCUCUCUUGGGUCCAGAGGCUGUGAAUGAAAUUCUUAACCAGGAAGAACAAAAGACUGAAGAUGAUGAGGAACAAAACGCUAAGCGUCAAAAGACUGAAGAUAUGACUGAAGUUAUCCCUGCCACAAGUUGAUGAAAUGAAGUUCUAUAGUAUGUCAGUCAAGUUGACCUAGAGCUCCAUACCCUCCCAAGCCAGUGAUUUGGAGAGGAGAGAGAGAUAGAGAGAUCUCUCUUUGAUUCAUCAAGUAAAGAUUGAUGGAGCCUGCCGCUUUCUAGUGAAAUUACAAGCCAAUUUACACCAAUUCAGACUUUGAAACACAAAUUUUGUUUACUUUUGAGUGUGUAUUCAUUUUUUCUUGGAUCAGCUUUCCAAGUAAGUUGUUGAAUAAUUUGGUAUACCAUAUUGCCCC